GGGGAGACACAAACCCUAGCGCACACACACACACACACAAACACAAAACAGAGUCUACUCCUCUUAAAACCCUAACGCACCUGCCUGCGAUUAAACCCUCAGGCCUUUUUACCCAACAAGUCGCUGCCUUUAUAACUUAGCCGCCGCUUAAACUCUCGAAAGUCAUGUUCUUUAACUUUCCUCUCCUCGCCCUCUCUUCUUGCCCUGCUUGACAUGGUUGGGUUUCCAGCUAAACAACCUAUUGAAGAAGGAGAAGAGCUACCAAUCGAUCAAGACUCCAAGGUGAAAACUUUCAAGGACGCUGUUGACUUCCCUUCCAUCGACUCCUAUCUCGAUUUCGACUCCUGCAACUGGCUUGGGAAUAAUCCGAGCAUUGAGGAGUUUGGCGUUAAAGAUACCGACUUUGACUUCUUCGAGGACGACAUGGAGGAGGAGGGGAUCGGACAAGGAGCUGUUGCUGUCGGAGAGGAGAAUCAGAACACGGUUCUGCCUGAGCUUUGUGGUGGUGUGACUGAGGAGGAUAUUGAGGCAGCUGAACCAGCUUUGAAAGAGUUGGAAACUGCUGUUUCUGACAAGUCUAAGCCGAUGGAAGAUGUGUCUGCGUCUGUUGAUUGUCCCACCAUGAAGAAAACAGAUGUGAGUUUGGCUUUAGGGUUGGAGAAGGUUAGUUUGAACAUGGGUGAUGAUGAGGCCAAGGGGAAAAGUAUUAGUAUUGCUGAGUCUGAGAGCGAAGCCUCGAGCUCUUCUUCAUCUAGUAGUAGUAGCAGUGAGGAAGAAGAAGAAGAAGAGAGUGAUGAUGAGGAGGAUAGUGAAGAAGAAGAAGAAGAGGAAGAGAAGUGUGAAGAUGAGAAGAUGGUCAUUGUGAAAGAGGAUGGUGUGGCAGGGGAGCUUGAAGAGGGCGAGAUAGAGAGUGCAGAUGAGGUUGAAGAAGAUAGUGAUGAUGACGACGAAGAUGAAGUGAAUGAGAUGAUUGCUUGGAGCAAUGAUGAGGAUGAUGACCUCGGUUUGCAAACAAAAGACCCUAUACGGUCUAAGAAUGAGCUCAAGGAUCUUCCUCCAGUUCCAGCUGUGGAUGUCUCUCUGGAACCUCAUCAUGUCACGCUCCCUGUUGGAGUUGUUCUUUCGGUGAUGAGCACACAAGUGAUAGUCGAGGGAAUGGAACAGCACAGUCCUUUGACCGAAGGUUCUAUCCUAUGGAUUACUGAAAGAAGAACUCCAUUGGGACUGGUGGAUGAGAUCUUUGGACCUGUGAAGUGCCCUUACUAUAUCGUUCGGUUCAACUCAGAGAGCGAGGUGCCAGAGGGGGUUAGCCAAGGCACGCCCGUCUCGUUCGUCGCGGACUUUGCUCAGCACAUUCUCAACAUCAAGGAGCUGCAGAAGAAAGGCUACGAUGCGUCUGGAGAUAACGACGAGGAGAUACCAGACGAGCUUGAGUUCUCGGAUGAUGAGAAAGAAGCUGAGUACAGAAGAAUGCAGAAGAUGGAGAAGAGAGGGAUGGUUAAUGACCAAAAGAACGGUAACGCAAGAAACAAGAAGAAGAAGAACAGAGACCACCAUGGAUCUAGCAGCUCUCUAUCCUCAAACCGUUGUGAUCCUCAGAUGGGUGGUCCGGUUUCGAAUCAUCAUCAGCCAAGGCCUCAGAUGGAUGGUUUUCCUCCAAACAAUGGCGGCGCUCCAUGGAGACCGCAGAGUAAUCAGCAGAAUCAAUUUCAGCUUCCUCCUAUGGCUAAUCAGAUGGGAAUGCCCAAUCUAGGUCCAAUGCAGAUGCCUAUGAUGGGAAUGCAAAAUCAGAAUCAGAUGAUGUUCCCACCACAGUUCAAUGGUGGUCAGAUGCCGAUGCCAAUGCCAAUGCCUGGUGGGUUGAACUUUUUUCCAGGACAGGGCUCAGCGCCAUGGCCUGCAUUAAACUGUUUCAACCAACAACAGUUCGGUGGGAUGGGAAGGGGUAUUCAGCAUCCGCAGUUACCUAAUAUGUUUGCUUCUCAAGGUUUUCAAAUGCAGCAGCCGCAGUCCCAAAUGCAGCGGCCACCACAGUUCCAGAUGCAACCACAGUUCCAAACUCGCCCGCAGUACCAGAUGAUGAACAGCAACAGGCCACCUUCUCCAAUGAACCCGCAGUUCCAGAUGCAGCCACAGUCUGAGAUACGGCCACAAUCUCAAGUUCCGCAGCGCUCACCAACUAACCAGGAGUCCCCAGUGCAAGAACAGUCUCAAGGGUUUAGCAACGGGCAGUCUUCUGAACGGGGAAGGGGCCACCGUGGUGGUCGUGGCAGGGGUAGAGGUAGGGGUCGUGGUAGGUUUGGACGUGGACGAGGUCGUGGGCGGCAACAGUCUGGAUGAAAAGCUGUUUUUGUGUGAAGCAUUUUGAUGUAUCAAAAAGCAUGUUUUUUAAUUUAGUUUUGUUUAAACAAACUCAGCUAUGAUUGAAUGAUCUUUUUCUUUUUUUCCACA